GUUCUAUCUCCAACAUGUUAUUAAGUUACAUUCUUUAUCUUUGCAUUCCAUCUUUAAGAGGAAAACGUUUAUUUCUAAUCAUUUUAUUACUUAUAUUUACUUCCUUCUAGUUAAGGAAGAAAUUAUUAGCACAAGUAGUUUCAUAUUCUUAUAAACCGGAAAUGUACCGUUAGAACUAUAUCCUGUUGUCAUUAUUUGAAUAUUGUAAAAUAAAAAUUGCGUUUUAAAAAAGAAUGAAUGUCGAUGCAUUUGAUUUUAAGCGUCACCAGUAGACUAUAACAGAAAUGGAUUUUAUCUACAAAUUACUCUGUUGCCUUGUAUGGUUUCCUUUGGGGGGCGGAACUUUUUGUGAUCCAAAUCGAACUAGAGUCAAAAUCUGUACUUACCAGGAUGUAACAAAUACAACAGGAGUCCAUAUUGAUACUGUCAGAGCUCCAUAUUUCCAGCAGACAUCAUGUGAAUGUCUUAUUACCCCUAUCACACAUACUAUUCUUUUACAUUUUCAUCUGGUUUCUUUAAGUGAAAGUGUACAGUUUGAAAUAAAUGACAUUAGCGUAGACAAAAAUCAUGUGUACAAAAAAACAAACAUAACAGGUGCAAUGAAAUUUUUAUUAACAACAAAUGAAAAUUAUAAAAGUGGUGGCGCCUGCUUAGCUGUUUAUUCAGAUAAUGGUGAUAAAUUUAAUAUUUCUUGUACGGCAUCAACAAAAGAGACAGGUCAGACAAGAACUCUGAAUAUCCCUCAAUCGAGCGAGGCAGUAAACAUUUCAAGGACGAGAACAGUUAGUCCAAAAACAAUUCAGAACAUCACAACGAAUGUAUCUACAGGGAGGGUAACAAGUGAGAACAGUAUUACAACUGACAAUGUGAACGGUAACAAUGACGCAAAAGGAGAUGACGCAAUAAUGGACAGUACGGGAACAAAAUUGCAGACAACAGUUCUCUUAAACCAAACAACUGUCGCCGAAAGAAGUGAACUUACAGCGUUUACAACCUCAAGCACAAUCAAAUCUACACUCUACGUUUCAUCAAACACAAUGAACGACAUAGAGUCACAGGGCCAGUCGUUUUGCAAGCCCAGCGGAUACCCUACUAUUAAAGUAUGCACUGACGACGAAGCACGAAAUAUACUAGCUGCCUACAUUGAUACUAUCAGCGUUCCAGAUUUUCUGCAGACAUCGUGUGAAUGUGUUAUAACACCUUCUAGAAAAAAUGUUCCAUUCCGUUUCAAUGUACAAUAUCAUUCAGGACAACGUAGGAUGCAGUUUCAAAUAAAUGACAUUCAUUUAAACAAAUAUAACAAGACUGGUCGUACAAACGUUGCAUAUGCUGCACAACUUCUAUUAUCAACAGAGGAAAACCAUAAAAGAGGCGGUGUCUGCUUGGCUGUUUUUUCAGAGGAUAGAACUUAUUUCACGAUUUCUUGUACGAAAGCAACGGAAGGAACUGCAGGACAAUCAAGCCCAGCAUCUAUAUCACAUGGAAGUCGAACAACCAAACAUUCUACGGUGCAAGCUUCAAAAGGUUACGUAAACGGAGACGACGAUAUUAAAAGGUCAUCGAAAAUGAUUGCAGGAGAUGACGCAAACAUCGACAGUACGGGAACAAAAUUGCAGACAACAGUUCUUUCAAACCAAACAUUGUUGCCUAAAGGGAGUGAAUUAACAGCGUUUACAACCUCAAGCCCAAUCACAUCUACACUCUACGUUUCACCAAACACAAUGAACGGCAAAGAAUCACAGAGUCAGCCGUUUUGCAAGUCCACCAGUCAUCAUACUGUUAAAGUAUGCACUGACGACGAAACACCGAAUACAAUAGCUGCCUACAUUGAUACUAUCAGCGUUCCAGAUUUUCUGCAGACAUCGUGUGAAUGUGUUAUAACACCUUCCAGAAAAAAUGUUCCAUUCAAUUUCAAUUUAAUCAAUCCUUCAGGAAGAUAUAGAAUACAAUUUAAAAUAAAUGACAUUCAUUUGGGCAAAUAUGACACAACUUCUCGUACGAACCUUACAUAUGCUACUAAGCUUCUAUUAUCAACAGAGGAAAACCAUAACAGAGGCGGAGUCUGCUUAGCUGUUUAUUCAGAGGACAGAACUGAUUUCAAAAUUACUUGUACGAAAACAACGGGAGAAACAACGAGACAAUCUAGCCCAUCAUCUAUAUCACAUGGAAGUCAAACAACAGAGAGUACAACAUUAAAACCUAUUCAUUCUACGAUGCAAGCUACAAAGGAUAACAUGAAAGGAGACAACCCUAUCAUAUUUCCUUCAGUGACAGCAGCUUGCGGACUUAUAUUAGGAAUUGUUAUUGCUGUAGUUUGCGUUAUUUUCUACAAAAGGAGAAAGAAAGGAAAAAGAAGAAAUGCCACUACAGUAAGCUCCACAAACGCACCUGUAGAGGGUGACUAUUAUAUGACUGAAAAUGCGAUGUACAAUAUGGGCCAGAUAUGCACGAGAGAAACAAUCAAUGAAAACGAACACAACAAUGUUAACCAUAAUGAUGGAGAAUCACCAGGCCAUUAUGAUUGUAUUCAAGAAUCAACUGACAGAAACCAGUCUUCUGAAAACUCACCAAACCAUGCUGUGUCAAACGAGUAUUCAACAUGUGUAAAAGUAAGCAAAAGAAGUGAUGGUGGUUCAAACAAUAAACGGUCAAUUAUUGAUAAAGAAGAGCAAUCACAAUUCUCAAAAAUGAAUGGCAAAGAUGACACAGUAUAUGACAGUACAAUAUCAACCUUUACUCAGCAAGCAGUCGGAGAUAAUGAUUAUCAUCAUUUGGGCUCUGUUGGUUUGACUGGACUAAAUUUGACAUAUGACAGAAUUGGAAAUACUGGCGUAGUUAGACAUUAAACAUUGUAUUUUUUAGGAAUAUGGAUAAUCAUCUUUUCUUGUCAAUAUUUAUCAUUCAUUCUGUUCAUACCUAAAAAACAAUAAAUAUUCUAUAAAUAUCAUAUAUCAUAGUCAAGUGACCUCAUCCAGUAUGUUAGCCGAGAUGGCCAUCAAGGGUGAACACAUCGUUUUAUUGCUACCCUCUGACGUCAUAUAAGGUUAUAUUGUAAAUAAAUCAUUGAAGGUAUUAUAUUAUCAUAUUCAGUCACAACAACAGGUAUCAACGGCAUAUGAUAGUGUAUAUAGUGAAUGAAUAACAUAACAUGUAUCAUUUGUAUGUAAAAGCAUGAUGUCAGCGAUAUGAAAUUUCGUAUCAAUCACCUCUCAAUAACCGUAAAAUGGAUUUAUUGUAGUUAAUACGGCUCAAAACUAGAUAUCAUUAUGAAGACAAUAGGUUUUCAAUACAUCACUGAAUAUUACAUGAUAAAGUAUAAUUCUUAUUUACCUUAAAGUAAUGAGAUAAAGAACUAUGUGCUAAUUAAAAGAUAAUACAAGAAAUUUCAACAGCACCUCAGACACCUAUCAUUUAAGUUAUAUUUCCAAUAGACAAAGUUUCGUUUAGUUUUAAUCGAUGUCCCUUGAACCAAAGAUACAUUAUCAGGGACUUUCUUUUUAAGCUUUCAAAAAUGCACCUGAGAAAACUUGAAGGAAAAAAGAUCUUGAGCAGAAAAGUUAAGUUAGAUUCAUUUUAUGUAUUGAUACCAAUUAUACCAAUUACUUGUCGUCCUGUCGCUAACGAUGUACGCCAAUUGGCUCCUUGUCGUGUGGCGUGUUGUCGCGAUGUAACAUUGUCGCUCGGUUCAAAUCGAAGGAUUGUCUUAUAAGCCAAGAGAGAGGGCGACAUCGCGCCGGACAACAAUGCACGGUUUGGCUUGCUUCGCUAGAGACAAGAUGACAGUGCGACAACGCGUCGUUUGGCGCUUUGUCGUAUUGUCGCUACCGACAAGACGAAAAGGCGAUAGCGAUAUAGGUUGUGUUGUUGCUAACGACAACGCAACGCGCAAUUACCAAUUCAGCCACCAUAAUCUUCUAUAUUAUACAAAUAUAUGUGUCUUUUUGCAUUGAUAUUGAUUGUUUACCACUGAGGUAAAAUUUCCACAUUCAUAUAACAAGAUGUCAUAAGUCAUAAACAACAAUUUUCAUUUCCAGAUGGGAUGAUAUUUACUCCUUAUUCGGAGAUAACAGAUCUAGAACAGGUUACCCAUUUACCUUUUAGAGUGGAUAAUGGAAAAAUAGUGUUAUAUUUAUAGGCUUUAUUUAAAAUAUGUUUAGAAUCUUUUUCCUGAAUAGCUCAGUAGGUAGAGCGCAGGACCGAUAAUCUCGAUGUUGUGGUUUCGAUACCUACUCAUGCCACUAUCAUCUUUAAUAAAUUUCUUUAUUUGAUAUUCAUUAUUUUUCAUGUUCAUUCAUCUUCUGUCAAGAAAGUUCUUUGUCAUGUUCAUUCUGGAAUAUUCUUUCUCUAAGUAGUUAAGUAUUCUAGAUUGUUCAUUGUUAGUGUAUAUAUGAUGAAUGUUUGUACUUCGAGAUGUGUGUGCAAAUUUGUGAUAUUGUGUGAUGUUGAUAUAUUGAUUGUGUGCUAUUGUACUGCUAACAUAGUAAUAUAUAAGUUUGGAUUCUGUAAUAAUUUGUGGUAAUUAUUUUGAACAUAUAUUGUGAAAUAUUGCUGUGGACAUUGGACAUUGAUUAAAUUUGAGUUAUGGACAAUUGUUUUUCGAACUGUGAGUUAAACUUAAGGACAUUUGUUAAAACUGAAUCGUGGAUAAUUGGGAGUUAAACUUUAUUUUCACAUUUUUGUGUUAUUGUAAAUAACUGUUUUUCUUUAAUUAAAAAUUCUUAAAUUU